AUGUCAGACUCUUUAGACUCGCUGCCUUAUGUACCUCUUUACCCUUACAAUGGUACUUCGAUGACUGGGGGUGACUCUCUUACUGAAGACCUGAACAUCUACUACAAUGCGGGCGACAUCGCCUGGAUGAUCACUUCCACAGCUUUGGUCUUGCUCAUGAUUCCUGGCGUCGGGUUCUUCUACUCUGGCCUAGCCCGACGCAAGUCCGCCUUGUCACUCAUCUGGCUCUCCAUCGCAGCUACGGCUUUGAUAUCGUUCCAAUGGUUCUUUUGGGGAUACUCUCUGUCCUUCUCCCAUACCGCCGGAAAAUUUAUUGGUGACCUGGAGAACAUUGGCUUCCGCAAUGUGCUCGGUGCGCCUUCGGUUGGCUCUAGCAAGAUUCCUGACUUGUUGUUCGCAGUCUAUCAGGGCAUGUUCGCCGCCAUCACGGUAGCUCUAGCAGUCGGUGCCGCUGCCGAACGUGGCCGCCUGCUCCCCGCGAUGGUUUUCUCCUUUGUCUGGGCCACAGUGGUUUACGAUCCAAUUGCUUGCUGGACCUGGAACUCUUCCGGUUGGGUCUACAAGAUGGGUGGCCUCGAUUUUGCCGGUGGCACUCCUGUCCACAUUUCGUCCGGCUCCGCUGCUUUAGCCUACUCUUUGAUGCUCGGAAAGCGUCACGGUCAUGGCACCCACGAAUUGAACUACCGUCCCCAUAACGUUACCCAAAUUGUCAUCGGCACAGUUUUCCUCUGGGUUGGGUGGUUCGGUUUUAACGCCGGUAGUGCCUUGUCUGCCAACCUCCGGGCCAUUAUGGCCGCCGUCGUCACCAACUUGGCUGCUAGUGUUGGUGGACUUACUUGGUGUCUCGUUGAUUAUCGCCUUGAGCGCAAAUGGUCGACUGUCGGUUUCUGCAGUGGUGUUAUUGCUGGCCUGGUUGCCAUCACCCCAGGUAGUGGUUUCGUUCCAGCCUGGGCUGCGGUCAUUUUCGGUGUUGUCGGAGGUGUCGCUUGCAACUACGCGACUAAACUCAAGUUCGUGUUCGGCAUUGAUGAUGCCCUCGAUAUUUUCGCCAUUCACGGAGUGGGUGGAUUGGUCGGGGACCUGCUGACGGGACUUUUUGCUGCCGACUACAUUGCUCAUCUUGAUGGAGCUACAGAAAUCGCCGGAGGCUGGAUCAACCAUCACUACAUCCAGCUUGCCUACCAGCUUUGCGAUGGGGUCACCGGCAUGGCCUAUUCUUUUGUGAUGAGCUGUCUCAUUCUCUUUGUCAUCAACUUCAUUCCAGGUCUUCAUCUACGAGCUUCUGAACAAGAGGAGAUGAUGGGUAUGGAUGAAACCGAGGUCGGCGAGUUUGCCUAUGAUUAUGUCGAGGUGUCGCGAGAUGUCUUGCACGCCGUCGAACAUUCACACGUUCCCACUCAUCGGGACACUCUCAGCUCGGAUGGAGACACCAAUUUCGAGAAGCCUGCGGAGCCCAAUGCCCUGUAA